CGUCCACAUUGCCAGCCUCAUCUUCAUUGGCAGCAUCGCCAUCGUGGCAGUCUGUAUUUGUAGCCAUGUAGGCUCAAGGGUAAUGGCCGCGCCGUCGGAGGCACCUGACAAACCAGAGGUCCUUCGGCUUCUGGAGAAAUGGCACAAACCGUCCUUGCACCAUGAUUCUGCAGAGUUGCGCACGCUGGAACGCGUGACUGAAUCAGGCAAGGAGUUUUGGAGGAGGCGGUUUGAGCGCAGCAUUGCUGAAGCAGAUGGGAGGCCGCUUCUGCUGUCGUAUGCUGGCGAUGGCACAAAACUCCGAACGGUGCAUGGUUCCAGCGUCCGGUACAAUUGCAAACGUGCCAGGCUAUGUGGGCGCCAGUUUCUCGAAUACUACGUGCAGCUGUGUUUCCUCGAAUUCGUCGACCCCUCAGGUCGCAAGAAUGUCACGGUCAUGUUUGAUGAGCCAAAUCCCAUGACAGACGGCCAAGGAGCUGCCGCAUCGGCUGCUUUCGCUUUGCGUAUGAUCAUGAACCCGAGGAAAUACGGCCAUGGAGGCCUCAUCAUAUUUCAUUGCGCAUUUGACCGCGCCUUAUUAGCAUCAGUUUCUCGCAUAUUGAAGCAAUGGUGGAAAAAGGAAGCCGUCCAACAAACAGAUAUCUACGAGCAUCCGCCGGACAUUUUGUAUUUGAUGCAGUGGUUUGUCGAAACAGGGUGCAGCAUGCACGACACCCAUAAGUCAAUCGAGUGGUCUUUGUGGACGUGGUACCAUAACAAAUCUCUGAUGAAAAACGUGCACUUGGCCAUCGAAAGCCUUCGCGAUAGCAUGCAACAGUUGAGCGGGUUGACUCCCGAGUGGAUGUGGGACGUUACGGUCGCUCGCUCCGCCGAGGAACUCGACGACCCAGACGAUUUGAAACAUUUCUGGUUGGCGAUGGGCGUGGAGGAGAGCGUCGUGGCCACCCUGGUCAGCUUGCGCUUGCGGUACUUUGGGGGUCGACUCGAGAUCCUUGACACAGGCGAUGCGGGCGAGGACACCUUCACCAAUAUGAAUUUCUGCUUGUUCAGCGUCUGGCGCUUGAAAAAGUUCAAUGGCAGCAGGUGGCAUGCUGCAACCCGGGCUUGCCAGAUGGGCGUCGGAGCAAUAUUUGGCGGGCUGCGCGGACUCGCCAAGCACGUGCUGGACCGCCCCAACGCGCAGGACUUUUACUUGGGAGGCGUGGAGCGGCUCGGUUCGGACGAACUUCACUUCAUGGUGACGGCUGCUACGGCCAGUUUCCCAGCGGGCGCAGUGAUGCAGAUGUUGCUCAGAGAUUCCCGGGUGGCCAUGCACCUGUGCGCUCUGAAGACAACUAUUCGUGAGGCGAUGGAUAAACUUUGCAACUAUGGCGAUGGUAUAUGGGGUCUCUUCGGGAGAGUCUGCAACAUGGCUGGCCCUGAAGUGCGGCACUCGUCCAUUGGCGCGGCCCACGUCGCCAUCGGUUUCAUGAUGUUUCGCUUUGUCUGGAAAGCAGAAGGCGCCCCUUGGUGCAUGGUUCGUGGAGACGUUGAUGCCAAUUUGGACGCUCUCAAACGAGGCCCGAUACCGACCGAACCCAUCACGGAGCAGAUGUGGCAUCUGGACAAAUUCCCUUGGGGGCGGCGUGUCAACAGACAGGGUGUCGCGCUGCUGGCCGACAUACCCUGGGACACGAUUGCGGCGGAGCAUUUGCACGCUUCGGGGGCGCUCCGGGGCAAAUUUCGCCCUGACACAACGUGCGAGGGCCUGAUGGCGAGGGCGUUCAUGCACAUGAGUAAGAAGGUCCCCCCAGGCCUCGACGAGGACGAACGCCGCGAAGCCAUGCUACACAAUCGUUUGAAGCGCCUCGAGAAAAGGCGGCCGCAAAGUUACCAGGGGCGUGAGCAGUAUGUGAAGGAACUCGUUGAGUUGUCCAAGGUCCGGGAG